AUGUCCAGCGACACUGAGAACCCUUGGGUGGACUCUGCUCCUGUUGCGAGCUCGAGCUCGAGCCUGGAGGUUGCGAAGCCCGAUCCAGCCUCGUUUGUGAUUGGCUUGUGCAUCGUGGACUUCGACCACGUCAAGGGUCCCGAAAUAGAGUACUGGUUAGACGAUAAAACCAACGAGUACAACCAGGCGUCGAUGGCGGCGAAGUUUUCGAAAAUAUGGCCCCAGCUGCCGUUCCAGGGUCUUCCGGACGGUGCGCAUCUGUUUGACGAAACGUUUACGAACUUUACGCUGGUUUACGACGAAAAACUACAAACCUGUCCGCCAUUGCCUGCUGAACAGACGUCUUCCGAAACCAACCUGAUCACGCUGUUUGGGUGUGCGUGUGUGCGCCAAUUGAACAGCAACGAGCUUCAGGACGGCGCAGACUUCAAAAGAUCCGUGAUCCAGAAGAGCGUUGUUCUGAUAACACGAUACCCUAUCCCCAUACAACUAAAGGAGAAACUGAGCAUAAUUACCACGAGUUACUUCAACCAGCAUGAUUUCCACGACAAAUCGAUCAUCAAGGCGCUUUACGACAACCUGGCCAUCGUGUACAACUCGCACGGGUUCGAGGUCGAGGACGACGACCUGUACGACACCGUUGUUAACCCGGCCAGCACCAAGAUCAUCAAGGAGAGCGAUUUCUACACGGGUUUGAACCUCAAGGAGCUGGUCACCAUGUUCAAGCGCAAUCUGCUUGUCAUUUUCAAAGGCGUGCUGCUCGAGCAGCGCAUUUUGGUGUACUCCAAGAACCUGAACCGGCUGUCAAACUUCCAGUACUCGCUGCUAUCGCUGAUCCCGAACCUGCUGCUCAGUCUGUCCGAUAGUGGAACGCCGUUGACAGGACUCGAGGCGGGCUCGAUCGAGAAACCAACAUCUCUACGGAGCAGCGAUCGACACUCGAUGCUGGCCUUUAUGGGGCUCCCGUUGCAGAUCUUCAGCAAAGGCGGGUUUUUCCAGCCGUACCUGACCCUGCAACAAAUGGACUACCUCACAAACCCAAACACCAAAUGGUAUCUUGUUGGGUGCUCGAACGAUAUCAUUUUGGACCAAAAGUCCAGACUCGCAGAUCUGGUGGUGAAUCUCGACGACUCAAGUGUGGAAAUUGUCGAUGCCUCACUUAAAGAUAAGCUUGCUCUUAGUGCCACAGAUCGCAGAUUUAUUGACAGCCUGAGCGAAGAGGUGCUUGCCACAGAUGACACCACAGUGAACCUGGCCAACAGCCCGAUGGAUUCGCAAUCGUACCGAGGAGGAGACGACUUUAUCAGGUACAAUUUCGAAGACUAUCUAAUUGGGAUGCUGUCGUGCCUGAAAUACGAUAGUUUCCGAAAAACGUCAAAGCUCGAGAACUUACACCAACUAAGCUCAUUUACGAACGAGGUGGAGUAUUUUGGUAAUUCAUUUGUGGCAGCAUUUAAAGCCACAAACGCAUACAGGAUUUUUGACCGCGGAACCGACGAUGAGCUUUUUAAUUUUUUCGAGCCUAAACACGUCGGGUCCGGGAUGGAGCGAACCAACGUGCUCAAGUCGUUCUUCAACAAAAUCAAGGAGGACGACCGUCGGUACCUGCCGGGGAUAUUCAAUUUCAGACGAACCGACAAGACUAGCUAG